UAUCACUUUUGGGCGUGAAUAAGUCGCAUUGGAAGAUUUUCUCUACACAUUCUGCUCAAAUCGACUGAUGAAGAAAUUCGCAAAUUGGCCAUCCAGCGGAGAGUGAGGAAUUUAUAGUGUGGGUGAUCUGUGUGGUUGAGGAAUAAAAGUUAAAAGGAGAGCCGAGAAAUGAUAGUGAGACAUUUAGUGGCGAUUUUGUUGGGUGUUUUCGUGCUGGCUGGUGCUCAAACGAUUCCCACAUACCUCCUGCCCUGCUACCGUGGCAAUGAAACACAACCGUGGCUACCCAACUCCAUGCCCCUGCUAAUUGAGCUGGUGCGCAAAAUUGAGGAUGCUCGACCCACAUCCCUGGAUGCCAGGACGCUGAGUGUUCAGCUAUUUCAUCGACUACGCUUCGAUGGGAUUGAAAAGGCACCGGGGAUACAGGAGACGGAAUUUGUCACCCCAUUCGGGAUAACAGGAAUUAUGGCGCCAAAAAUGCGUCUCCUGCGGCAGCUCAUUUCUCCACCUCCUGGGGAGUCUGAGUUGGAGCAGAUCCUCUCUCAAUUUGACUUGUGUGCCCUCCACAGGCUCAUCAGCUCAUCCGUUCAGCCCUUUGAACGUGGAGAUGAGGCACGCACGUGUCCCCUGAAUCUAGCCACUCCUGAGGAUAGGAUUCGUGCUCCCUGGAUCACGAGAAACAAAGUACAGAAUGCAACCUCUGGAGCUGGAAUUCAGUUCACUAGACCCGUGUCACGGUGUCCAUUGGAACUGGGAAUAACUCAGACAAGGAACUACGGGACAGUUUCCCCGGGGACCCUAAUUGCAGCUGUAGCAGCAGGUCUACAGCCGCAAAAUGUCCAAAUAAGUGAAUUCAUUGCAGCACAAAAGGACGCCAAGGAUAAAAAGUAUGCAAACUUGGAGACAAUGGAUGAAGUUAAUAUUGCCGAAAAGCUCGGAAAGCUCCUAAAGUCUCUCGAUUCCGUUGAGAAUACCUUUGCAGCGGGUCUAGCUGGGGACUUGGCGGAAGUCUGUGUGUACCAGGGACCAUUUGUGGGAAGAAAUGUUGCUGUAGGUCUUCCAGGGAAUUGGAAUGAUACCUUUUUCCCACGAGAGAAAUUCUUAGUUGAGGGACACGGAGCUAGGUGGGAGAUGACUCGGCCCGAAUUGAUUUCAGGAAUUGAUGGAAUGUUUAUUUCACAAGAAGUUUCAGGAUGGGUGGAUAAAGUAAGGAGACUGCGGUUGUCUCAAAUCCUAGAUAUGUACUACAGCCCACGAGGUGUUCCAAGUCUAACCAUUGAACACUCAGGAGGACGAACUAAGGGUAUGGAUGUUCCGCAAGAGGAAGUUUUCCCGGUAAAACCGUUUACACAAACUGGUAGCAGUGUCCUUAGGAGGGUUUUUGAGGAUCCCAGAGAAUGGACUGAAGACGCUCCUCAGCCACUACCUACAAAUCCCGAUAUAAGCAAUGCCUGCGAUCGGAGAAGUAUCCUUGAAAUAAUAGAUCGAGAGAAGCUAAAGGAAGAAACAUUUGCCUUUGCUCAGAUCCUCCAAUUUACAACGAGCAGCUUAGGAGUCACAGAUGCCCGUUUAAGGAGUACCUGUGAUGCAGCAGUCGAUAAAUUCUAUGCCGAGUCGCCUUUUAUUCUAGACUCCUUGCCACAUUGCAAUCAAAUAGCGUCAGAUCCUCGAAAGCCCGCAAUGGAUGUUUUUGUCAUUAUUGAUGGAUCAAGGAGGGAGUAUGAGAAUCUUCAGCUGAUUAACUACUUAACUGAAGUAUCCGAAGUGUCUACAUUUGGGUCUACAAUGACGGUCAUUCACGGAGGAUCAGGUGAAGUUAUGGUCAAUCAAACAAACAGCAUAAGUAGUACUUUUGAGCAACUCAGGAAUUUCACAAAUCCCUUCCCAACAACUUUCUCGCUUUCGAGAUCCUUCCAACGUCUUCUGAGUCUUCUUUCGCGUCAAACAGAUGAAGAAAUCCGGGCAGGAGUUCACGUGGCACGCUCACAACUAGCCUUGGUUUUCUCCCAAUCCCAGCGUAUAACUCAGAAUGACUUUGAAAGUGCCCAGAGGAUUCUACAGGGGUCAUUGCAGAGAUUUCCAGAUCUCUACUUUAUUUUCGUCACAUCAGACGUUGAAACUUUUGAGAAUCUUAUUAGGCAUGAAGCAACACAUACAACAGGGAGCACUGAAAGGUUUACAAAUCUCGUCUAUCCUGAGCACUACACCAUCAUUCGAUCAACGAAUAUUUCCCCAGAUGACUUCAGUGAGAGACUCGUAAAAGAAUUUCGAAAGAUUCCAAUGCGAAUGGUGGCUGCUCGAUGCUUAAUUUCGGAAUUCAAUCAAACAGUGCCAUCGCAUGAAUUCUUCGAGAUAAAUCGCUACAGGCAUGAGGACUACAUUGGACCCUACCAUGAGAUUAUCUACCGCAUUAGUCCCUUCUACUUCCGCUACUCUGAAUCAAUUAACGUUCAAUUUCUUGGGGUAGACUAUGGUGGUUUAACCAUUUGUGCAUCGAGAAAUCCUAAUGCGGCUCCUGAUCAUUGUCAGAGUCUCAGAGGAAUGGAGGAUGUUUGGUUCAAUCAUACCUGGCCCUGUGGACCGAAUGUCAUCACCUGCCCACCUAUUUUCUAUUCCGUCAAUGUGGAUGUUUCAAAUGUUCGGUGCUCAGAAAACGAUUGCCGCUACCCAGACCAAGUUCGCUUCCACAUCCAACAUCAUGGUUUAACUUGCGAAAGAGGUUCAAGUGGCACACUUCAGCUAAGCAUACUUGCUUUUUUUGCAUCACUUCUUGCAGUGUUCACCAUAAAGCUCAACUAAUAAUUCUUUGUAUUAAGUGCUCACAUCAUCCGUGCUUCUUAGAAAUAAAUCAUUCUUUUUCUAUCAUU